GUUUUCAGGAGGCAAUAUCUAUCUGGCACUUUUUGAUCGCUUUCUGGAUUUGGAGCGAAAAUCUACAAGAUGAGAAAUUAUGCAAGGCACCCAUGGAUUGAUAAUAUGGGUGUGUCGAGAACUAACCUGCCUGGUCGCCCAUGGGAGGCCAGCUUAGGCUCUCUGACACCCUAUAUACGUUGUGUCUUCCACACCAAGCCGCGUGAGGCAGUCAUGCAUUCAAAUUUUGGCGUCCUAAUAACUUGAAAUUCGGGUUUCUGUCGGUCGUGUCUGCAAACACGCUCAUGUCACACAGACAGACAGCGGAAAGAUGGUUUAGGCCGCCAGUCGGGGGGUCACUGGAAGUGGCCGGUGGCUAAGCAGGCAAACGGGCCAACACAAGGCAGUCAAUGAUAUUUGCGCACCGGCUUGAAGUGAAGUCUGCAUCAGUAUCAAACUCACAUUUCCCUCACUUGAAAAAUUCUAGUGAAAGUCUGAAAAGACAAACACCCACCAUUUGACCUUUUUCAGCAGCUUUCACCUCUUGCUCGUCCGCCAUCACCCGCACUUCUGGCAGCUCAGCCAACUACAUCCGCGUCUACAAACAUACUCUCAUCUAAUUAAAUCUCGGCAUUGGAAAUUGACUUCUCUCAAGAUCUCGUCAUCUCGGAACAGUCCGCCGCCUGCUUAGAAAAUCAAGUUCUCCGAGGUGAUCACAAUAUUGUUGCAAUGUCUGACGACAACAACAAGGAUCUAGACGGCAUGCCAAUUGAGGCCAUGUCAGAUGCACAAGAUCGCACUGAUGAUGCCAUCGACCCUGCGUGUGAGAGCCACUCGGAUGCGACUAUUCAGGCUAGCAACCCGGAAUAUGAUGUAGUCGAUGCUAUCAACCACUUGGACACAAGCUUUCCCGAGGCUGGACCCGAUACGUUUGGAGGAUUCUUCAGCAGCCGUGCAAACGUUGCUGCCGCUACUAUCGGCGUCUUGGGUGUCACUGUGGUUGCUGUCCCGAGCUUAGUUGCCCUCCCGGUCCUGGGCCUCGGCGGCUUCGGCGCAUUGGGACCUAUAGCAGGAAGUAUCGCAGCUGGUGCGCAGAGCGCAAUGGGCAGCGUCGUUGCCCCCUCCCUGUUCGCCACACUACAGAGCGCGGCCAUGGGAGGGUACGGCGCUGCCGCCGUGUUAGGAACGUUCCAAGCUGUUGGCGGAAUCACGGCUGCGAGUUCAGCAGCUUACCUUGCGCGUAGCAACUCGGAUACUGCGCAGCAAGACCAGCCUCCAGAGUCAGAGGACCCGAAUACCACGGAGCAAGAGGAGCCUCUCGAUACAUAAGGACUCAAGGCAUGGAUUAACUUACAGUAGGGCUAACAGUUCCCGUAAGAGGGAAGCGGUCAUCUGGUCAGGUUGUGAGUUUUACGGAUUCUACUGAGAUACCAUUUGUGAAUUUUUGCUGUUAUUUUUUCAUGUUGAGGUCGCUUUUCUUUCUUUUGAGGGCAGUCUACGACUUACUUACGAAACCUUGAAAGACUAUCAGGGAGAAAUGGCAUUUCCUUAAACUAAGAGAUAAGCUCGGAGGGAUUUUCUAGAAGUAACGAUAAAUUUCCAGCCAUGUUCACCGAGUGAUGCAUUUAACUUGGCAUGGGGCACCUGUGUAAACCAGACAGGGACCAUUCUGCCUUACCUUCCA